AUGGAUUUGAAACAAUUGUAUAAUUUUGCAAGGUGUAAUAGUAGAACGUUUAAGGUUUUCUUUAAUGUUGAUAAGAGAGAUAUUGGAAAGGAGAAGAAUGAGAUGAGAGAUGAGAAGGAUUUGGAUUUUAAUAGAGUUCAAGUGCUUGUUUGGAAAUUGUUGGCAGUUUCGUAUUUUCCAAGAGUGGAUCAUAACCUCAAUGUUAAAAAUUGGAUGCAAUUUUUGAGGAAACGAAUGAAACAUAUCAAGGGUAACGGGUACGACUUUAAAUUGGAUAUUCCAUCAUUUGUAAAUUCAAAUAUGGAUGAGGAAAUUAUUGAAAAUUGUGAAUGGGUCUAUAAGUGUCCAUUAAGUUAUUUCAAUUUGAGUGGUGAUGAAAUAGAUGUCAAGUUUUGUAAUGUUUGUGAAAAGCAUGUCUAUUUGGUUGACUCUUUGGAAUCAUUUCGUGAGAGGGUUGGUCGUGGAAAUUGUGUUGCAUUUACCUCGAAAUUGUAUCUUUAUGACGAACCAUUAAUGGGUGAAUGUGUGGCAGAUAUUGAUUAUGAUACAAUACCUUUUGAUAUUCAAGAGAAUUAG